CGUCCCCACACCCCUCGCAGCCGGGGAAGAUGACACCCGCCACGACAUUCCCUCCGCAGCCCGUCCAUUCCAGCAUGUACACCAUCUUCCCGCCGGCCAAGGAGCUGGGGAGGGAGCACAAAGUCAUCGCCCCCACCUUCGUGCCUUCGGUCGAAGCCUACGAUGAGAGGACCGGGCCCAUCCAAAUCGCCUCGCAGGCUCGCGACGCCAAGGCGAAGGACAAGGACCUUGGCAAGGUGGGGGUGCUGCAGUCGCCCACGGAGCGGUGCCUCGCGGAUACCUCCCGCACACUCUUGUCCCAGGACUUUUCUUGCCACAGCGAUGCCAAAAGGAUGGAGGCUCUGAGGGAGAAGGGCUCGGUGAUCAGGGCGAACUCCAUGGCGCUGAAGAGACAGGUCGCUUCGGAGCCGUUUCUCAACCGGCCGGGGCUGGGCUCUCCGGAGAGCAGGGAGUUCCUGGCCUCUAAGGACUUGCUGAAGCCGAAUCCGGAGGCAGAGCAUCGCCCCUGCGACCGGGACCGAUUCCAACGGUCCAGCUCCAAAGAAGCAGCAAAGGUCUACAGCACUUUGGACUCCUCCCGGCAGCACCUGGACCACAGCCAGCUGAAGCCGCCUGAGCAGAAGUGGAAGCCCUUUGAGAUGGGCAACUUUGCCACCACGCAGAUGGCGGUGCUGGCUGCGCAGCACAACCAUGUCAGCCGGGCAGAGGAGGAAGCCAAGAAGGUCUACCUUGACCCCAGUGGCUUGCCGCGGUCCUCAGUGGUGGGCUCGCGGGGCACUGCGGAUGUCCUCCACCCCACCUCCCAUGGUGAAGGGUCGGCCAUGCAGAGCCUCAUCAAGUACAGUGGCAGCUUUGCCAAGGAGACCACGUCCCGGCAGAGCUGUGGCAAGAAGAGCCCCUUUGGUGGCCUGGGCAACAUGAAGUUGGACUCUUCACAGCUGGGCACCUCCAAAGUCCAGCAGCUGUUGUCGCAGCAGCCAGCGAAGCAGCUGAAGAGGGACCCCGAGAGACCCGAGAGUGCCAAAUCCUUCGGUCGCGAGAGCAUUGGCUCCCAGGGCGAGGUGGAGGUGAGGCACUUGCCUGUUGGCAUUGCCGUGGCCGUGGCCCGGCAGAAGGACAACAGCAGCAGCAGCAGCAAGCUGGGGCCUAGCCUGGCGGACCGGGAUCGCUCUCUGUCUCUCAGCAGCAUCAAAGGGCACGGACGCUCAGAGGACGACUGUGGGGAUGAGAGGAGCCGCCACCGGGACAGCCACCUCCUGGCAGGGCGGUUGGAGCGGGAUCAGGAGAAGCUGCUCAGAGAGAGCAAGGAGCUGGCAGAUUUUGCCCGGAUACACCCCUCAGGCUGUGCCACGAACGGUUUGAACUCCAACCUCAUGGUGACAGGAGGCCCGGCCUUGACAGGCUCUGGGCGCUGGUCUGCAGACCCAGCUUCGCACUUGGCGGCCCACCCCUGGCUCCCCAGGACGGGGAGCCCCUCCAUGUGGCUGGCCGGCCACCCCUACGGACUUGGCCACCCUUCCCUGCACCAGGGCAUGACUCCAGGCUUCCCCCCUGCCAUGGGGGGAGCUCUCCCUUCUGCCUACCAGUUUGCCAGAGACCCGCAAUCGGGGCAGCUUGUCGUGAUCCCCAGCGAGCACUUGCCGCACUUUGCGGAGCUGAUGGACCGGGCGCCCCCACUGUGGCCCGCCAUGUACCCCCCGACCAGGAGCUCCCUGCAGCACGCUCACCAGCUCCAGCUCCUCUCCCAUCAGCAGCUGCUGCGGCAGCACGAGCUGUACAUCCUGCAGCAGCAAGCGGCCCACGCCAUGGAGCUCCAGAGGAGCGCCCAGCUCGUGGAGAGAUUGAAGGCGAACGAGCAGCGCGUGGACAUGGAAGAGAAGGUGACGAAACGGAGCCUGGACGGUGCCAAAUCAGGCCUUUCCUCCUCUGCCCCGGGACUGGUGCACCGAAAGCCACCUGUGCUGUCUCCCAGCGCCUCCACAUCCUACAGCAAGGCUGUGAGUCCACCUCCCCUUUCUCCCAGGGCCUCACCCGUGUCUGUGCUCAAAGCUGAGGUGAUCCAAAAGAUGGAGGAGCCACCUUCGCAGCCAGCCUACUCCUACCCUGCCACCCCCAGCUCUCAUCCUUCCAGCCCACCCCCUGCCUCUCCACCCCCUGCCCCUGCCAUCCCUCCAAAGGAAGAGGCACCCGAGACCGUGGAGAAGAAAGACCUGGAGCUGGAAAAAGAGGCUGCCGGUCCCUUUCAGGCCUUGUUCCCAGAGAUUCCCCCGGGAUACCCAUUCCAGUCCCUGCCUCCCUCCUUCGGAAGACACUAUCCCUACCUCCUCCAGCCCACCGCAGCAUCUGAUGCGGAUGGCCUGGCUCCUGACGUCCCGCUGCCUGCCGAAGGCUCUGAGCACAUGGAACUUUCUCCUGAGGUCAAGCCCAUCCACCUGUCUCCGUCCAAAAUGCUAGAGCCCAUCCAAGCAGCAGCAGAAGAGGAGUCCUUGGAAGAGAGGGUGAAAUCAGAGGUGCAGAUGGAGGAAAGCCAAGAAGACAUGUGUGAGCAGGACAUGGGGGCUCUGAACAUUGCCACCUCCACAAACGUCCCAGUGCAGAACGUGGACAAUUGUAAUCUCCUGUUGCAUCAAGGUGAAGCCCUGGGUGCUAUGGAGCAGGACCAGGAAGAGCUCCAAAGCUGCCCGCCCCCUUACCAGGUUGUGGCCUGCCCUGCAGAAGCAGAGGCCCAGGCAGAGGCUGGAAGUGGAGCAGAAACCUGCUCCAUGCACAUGGACUAUGACAGCUCGCUCGUGCACGCGGAGAGCGAGCCACCCGAGAUGGACUUGACACCCCAGCGGGAGGAGGCCUCUGUAGCCAUGGAUCUGCAGAGCAGUGAUGUGCCCCUGGGGAGGGAGUUUCCCAGCCUACCCCCCGAGGAGGGGGAGCAGGGGCCAGAGAUCCCUUCCUACACAGAUGAGGCGAUCUCUUGCAAAAUCCCGGCUCUGGACAUCAAGCCGGGUGACCCGCUGGCUGGGAUGAACGCUUUGGUGGCUGCCACAGAGAUGCCUCAGGCUUGUUCCUUGCUGGCUACUGCCAGUGUCACUCCGUCCCAGGUGAAGAUGGAGGUGUUACCUGACCAGGCCUUGGAGCACUCCUUCCUGCAAGGGAUCACUUUGCUGAGUGAAAUUGCGGAGAUGGAGCUGGAGAAGCGGAAGCAAGAAAGGCAGAGUCCAGAGAGUUUCCCUGUCCGGCCAACACUGGAGAGUUUACUGGCUGCCAGCACCCACAUGCUCAUGGAAGUACUUUCCACCCCCUUUAUGGAAAGUCUGAAAACCAUCCGGCUGCCUCGAGAGCUGAAUCCUAACAAAAAGUACAGCUGGAUGCAGAAGAAAGAUGAACCUAUGUACUCCAUCAAAUCAGCCAUCGAGAAUAUGGACGCAAUGGAGCUGGACUACAGGAUGAGGCUGGCAGAGCUGCAGCGGCGGUACAAGGAGAAGCAGCGGGAGCUAGUGAAGCUGCAACGGCGCAGGGACUCUGAGGAAAAGCAUGACGAGAAAAGUAGAAGCUUGGCAAGAAGAGGCCCUGGAAGGCCCAGGAAGAGGAAACUUGGAUCAAGCGCUCUGUCGCCCAUUAAGGAGAGAGGGAAGAGUGACAGCAAGAGUGGAAAACUGAGCAAGUCUUUGUUGCUCUCUGAAGACUCUGAGACUGGUGAGGGCAUGAAGAAGAGGCACAAAGGGGCCCUCCCGGAGGAGGAUGACGAUGUGGAGAGCAGCGGUGGCAAGAUGAAAGGGAGAAACCAGAGCUGGGAAGAGCACGAUGCGGCUCCCAGCUUCUCAAACGAGUUAAAGCUCAAGAAGAAGAAGGUGCCAUCGGAUCAGGAGCAGCUGGCCAGCAAGCUUGACAAGGCCCUGUCGCUCACCAAACAAGACAAGCUCAAAUCCCCCUUCAAGUUUGCCGACAGCUCUGGAGGGAAGCCGAAAACGAGCGGAGGUGGUGGCAGGUACCUCCCACCCCAUGAGGCUCUGCCGAGCAAGGAGGAGAAGAAGAGCCUGGCCAAGAACCUGGGCCUGUCGCUGAAAACCGCCAAGGAAGGUAAAAACAAAGUGGCUGCCAAAAUGAAGAAGAUGGAGGUGGGGUUAAAAGUCAAAAAUCAGCUCAAGGUUUCCCAUUCACCAGCAAUAUCUGAAGUUAGCAGCUACUCUUAUAAUUCUAGCUCAGAGGAGGAGGAAGAGGAGGAUGAAGAGGAGGAAGUGGAAGACUAUGGGACCGACGGCACCGACAGGCUUUCAUCGCCUGCCCUUGAUGAGAGUGGCCUGGGCCUGCUAGCCAGGUUUGCUGCCAGCGCGAUGCCUAGCCCCAUCGUUCCCCCUCCGCUUUCCAUCAUCCAGCUGGAGGCCAAGCAGAAGGCAAAGAAGAAGGAGGAGCGGCAGAGCCUGAUGGGGACGGAGUUUGAGUACACUGACUCGGAGAGUGAGAUCAAGAUCAGGAAAAAAUCACCCUCAGGGCUGCUGCGGGGGAAGAAAGGACCGCUGGAGUCAAGCAGCAUCCCACCGAGCCAGGCCCCAAGCAGCCUCGACCCUGGAUCUGGGAGUGCUGACAAGGCCAAGCUUGGGGCUGAGAAAGGCCGCAAACUGAAGAAAUUCAAGUCCCCCAAGGACUUGAGCUUUGAGUUUGGGUUGGAGGCCAGCGAUGACGACCUGUGGAACCGGCGCCGGAGCGAGCGGAUCUUCCUCCAUGAUGCCACCAUGUCCUCAACCAUGCUGACCCCUGCAGCGCCUGCCAGCUCCACCCCUGUCUCCAAGCCCGGGCGCUGUGGGAAGGGGGCACCCCUGAGCCCCAAAAAGGAGAGCAGCAAGGGGAAGGAGAGGAAGGAGCUAAGCAAGCAACGGAAGAAGGGUAAAGAAGCACCCUGCUGCUCCUCCUCCUCAUCCAUGUCACCUCCUGGCAUCCCUAGCUCCCCGUCUGAUGUCCGAGUCAGCCUGGCAAAUGCCCUAGGCUCCUCGAAGAAGAGUAAAGCCAAGGUGAAAGCCAAGGAGGUGAAGAAAGAGAACCGAGGGAAAGGAGGAGCAGUCAGCAAGCUCAUGGAGAGCAUGGCGGCUGAAGAGGAUUUUGAACCCAACCAAGACAGCAGCUUCUCAGAGGAUGAGAACAUCCCGCUGAGCAUGCUGGUCGAGCGGCCACCCACACCAGCUCCCCGCUCCUGCAUAAUUGACAAGGAUGAGCUGAAAGAUGGCCUGCGUGUCCUCAUCCCCAUGGAUGACAAGCUACUCUACGCCGGUCACGUCAAGACAGUGCAUUCGCCUGACAUAUACCGCGUGGUGGUGGAGGGUGAGAGGGGAAACCGUCCCCACAUCUACUGCCUAGAGCAGCUAUUGCAGGAAGCGAUCAUUGACGUGAAGCCGCCUUCUGUGCGAUUCCUGCCUGAGGGCACAAGGAUUGCAGCCUACUGGAGCCAGCAGUACCGCUGCCUCUACCCAGGGACAGUUGUCCGAGGAGCCCUGGAUCUGGAGGAAGACGGAGAUCUCAUCACAGUAGAGUUUGAUGAUGGGGAUACAGGACGCAUCCCACUGUCUCACAUUCGGCUUCUCCCACCUGACUACAAGAUCCAGUGUGCUGAGCCCUCCCCAGCCCUCUUGGUGCCCAGCACCAAGCGCCGUAGCCGUAAAUCCAGCAAGGAUACUGGAGAAGGAAAAGAGGGAGCUACACUGGGGUCAGAGGAGCCCGUGUCAAAAGGCAAAGGGCGUGGGAGAAAGCCGAGCGUCAAGGCGAAAGCUGAAGAGGCUGCCUUGCCAGAAGAGAAAGAUCAGGUUGAUUCUUCACCGGGUGCCUCUUCAGUCCCAGAGAAGCCAGCCUGCCUAGGCAAGCCAAGCGUGAAGGGGUCGCGAAAAUCCCAGUCCCUGCCAGCUGGAGGCUCUCCUGCCCCCACAGAGGAAAAGCGGUCGAAAGCCAGCAAAAUGAAGAUCUCCACUAAGCUGCACAGUCCUCCGCAGCCCGCCUACCAGCCUGCUGUGUUUGGCAACAUCCUCAGCACAGAGCCCUACAGCGACCUCUCAGGGACGCUGGCAGCCUUUGGCUCUGGUGAUACUUCGGCAGCAAAAGCCAAGGCCAAAAAGGGGCGGGCCACAGAAGAGACGCAGGAGUUUGGCACCAUGGUCAAGGCUCAGAGGAAGCAUGACAGCGAAAUCCUGAUCAAGCUGGACCAUGAGGGCGUGAUGUCUCCAAAGACGAAGAAGAUGAAGGAGGCAAUGAGGAUGCUGGAGGACUCAAACCUGGCAAAUCGCAGGGACAGCAAGAGUCUCUUGGGGCUGGGCUAUUCGCCUGCCAUGGGUGCUGAGGGCAAGCAGAAGUCUUCCCGAGGCAAGGGAGCUGAGGGAGACCCUUGCCCUGCCAGCUUUGGGGGGAAGUUUGAUGGCUCGGGUGAAAGCCUAACAGCCUCAAAGGACCAGGAGGACAAGACGGCAUCUCCGGCAGCUGUGGAGGAGUCUGAGAGCAACAGCAGCGACAGCAGCUCGGAGUCAGAGGGAGAAGAGGAGGCCGAGAAGAACCAGGGAGAGGCCCAGGAUAGCAGCUCAGCCAGCUCGAGAGCAUCCACCCCUCUCUCUUCCUCCAACUCCUCCUCCUCUUCCUCUUCUAGCAGCAGCUCCUCUUCAUCCUCCUCUUCCUCCUCUUCUUCCGCCUCAUCGACUUCCUCUUCAUCAAGCUCCAGCUCCUCUUCCUCCUCCACCACAGAUGAAGACUCCUCCUGCAGCUCUGAUGAUGAGGUAGCAGAGGCCCAGCCAAGCUCCUCCAUCCAGCAAACCCUCCCUCCCAAGCAAACCAAGCAGGCAGGGAAAUCCCGUGCAUCCUCCCACCCCCAGAGCCAGAAACAGCCAGCACAGCAGCCAGCACAGCAGCCGGCACCACAGCAGAGCGGCAACAAGAGCAGGCCCAAAAAGCGUGAGGGCAUUCACCUGCCCACCACCAAGGAGCUGGCCAAACGCCAGCGGCUGCCUUCAGUGGAGAACAGGCCCAAGAUCGCCGCUUUCCUCCCUGCACGCCAGCUGUGGAAGUGGUUUGGGAAACCCACCCAGAGACGAGGAAUGAAAGGGAAGGCCAGGAAGCUCUUCUACAAGGCCAUUGUCCGGGGCAAGGAGAUAAUCCGCAUUGGAGACUGUGCGGUGUUCCUCUCAGCUGGCCGCCCCAACCUGCCCUACAUUGGCCGGAUCCAGAGCAUGUGGGAGUCGUGGGGGAACAACAUGGUGGUCCGGGUCAAAUGGUUUUAUCACCCAGAAGAAACCAACCCUGGGAAGAAACUCAAUGAAGGCAAGCGCUGGGAUCAGAAAUCUGGCAGGAGUCUGUCCACAGCUUUGCAGGCAUCCAACCAGAGGAAGGACUUUAUGGAGCGAGCCCUCUACCAGUCCUCGCAUGUGGAUGAAAAUGAUGUCCAGACCAUCUCACACAAGUGUCUUGUUGUUGGUCUGGAUCAAUAUGAGCAGAUGCUAAAGACAAAGAAAUAUCAAGACAGUGAGGACCUCUACUACCUUGCAGGGACCUAUGAGCCCACUACGGGCAUGAUCUUCAACACUGAUGGGGUCCCUGUCAUCUGCUGACCGCCCAGGGGACACGUGCCACCCCCUGGGAAAGGAUAGGACAAACCUGAGGACGUGCCUGUUCAGACGACAUGAUUGUUUCUUUCAAUGCUCAUGACUUCUGUGUCACACUACAGACAGGAGAGCACGAGAGACAGGGAGGAGGAAGGAGAGGGCUGGAGAAAGGGCUUGGGGAAGCAGUUACAGGACUUGUGGAAGAUGCCGUGGGUGGUGGUGAUGCCUGAACCCCAAGGCUCUUCUGGAAGUGGCUUUAAUUAAGGUGACGCUUGACCAACUUCUCCCUUCCUCAUUUUGAUCCUGGAAAGCACAUGGGUCUCAUGAUCAUUUCACCAGCGGGACCCCCCCAGCAGGAGGGAUCCCUUUUGUGUCAUUUGCCCCCCAUUAACCCAGAAGCUGCCUGUAUGUGGAAGUUCACCAGCUAGCCUUCUGCAUACACUC